GAGGGCGGUGGGCGUGGCCAGCGACCGGGCUAGGAGCUUCCGCGGCGCCGCGCGGCGGUUGGGUAGGGGAACGGUUGGGUGUUUGGAGCCGUCGUUCUUUGCUCCGCCACCAUGGACUCGCGUAAGCUGAGCGAGCUGCGGGCCUUCGUCAGGCUGUGUAAGCAGAACCCGGGCCUGCUGCACACCGAGGAGCUGGGCUUCCUGCGCGAGUGGGUGGAGAGCAUGGGAGGCACAAUACCACCUGCUCCAGCCAGUACUUCCACAGAUGGGACAAGUAAGGGUAAAGCAGAAGAACAGCCAGAGGAACCAGUGAAAUCUCCUGAGCCAGAAAGUGAAGAGAGUGACUUAGAAAUUGACAAUGAGGGAGUGAUUGAACCUGAUAAUGAUGACCCUCAAGAAAUGGGAGAUGAAAACGUGGAGGUAACUGAAGAGAUGAUGGAUCAAGCUAAUGAGAAGAAGAUGGAAGCUAUCAAUGCCUUAAGUGAAGGUGAACUUCAGAAGGCUGUCGAUUUGUUCACAGAUGCUAUCAAGCUAAAUCCUUGUUUGGCUAUCUUGUAUGCCAAGAGAGCAAGUGUUUUUGUGAAACUACAGAAGCCAAAUGCUGCCAUUAGAGAUUGCGACAGAGCCAUCAAGAUUAAUCCUGACUCAGCACAGACUUAUAAAUGGAGGGGGAAAGCGCAUAGACUUCUGGGUCACUGGGAGGAGGCUGCUCAUGAUCUUGCUCUAGCCUGUAAACUGGAUUAUGAUGAAGAUGCUAGCGCCAUGCUGAAGGAGGUGCAGCCAAGGGCUCAGAAAAUUGCAGAGCAUCGCCGAAAGUAUGAACGGAAACGUGAAGAAAAGGAGAUCAAGGAGAGAAUGGAAAGAGUGAAGAAGGCACGAGAGGAGCAUGAGAGAGCACAGAGGGAGGAAGAAGCAAGGCGACAAGCAGGAGGAGCUCAAUUUGGUGGUUUCCCUGGUGGCUUCCCAGGUGGAUUUCCUGGGGCUAUGCCUGGCGGUAUGCCGGGAAUGGCAGGUAUGCCAGGUCUCAAUGAGAUUCUCAGUGAUCCAGAAGUCCUCGCGGCCAUGCAGGAUCCAGAAGUUAUGGCUGCAUUCCAAGACGUUGCCCAGAACCCAGCAAACAUGUCCAAGUACCAGAACAAUCCCAAGGUCAUGAGUCUCAUCAGUAAAUUGUCUGCUAAAUUUGGCAGUAAACCAUAAAAUCCCCAGUUCAUAAAAAUAAUUUUUGAGUGGGAGAGGUUGAUUUGGCUAACCAGUGUUGCAAUAAAACAAACCAUUGUACCUCUGAUCUUCUUAAGAAGAGGAACUGUGUGUUCUAAGGAGAACUGCUCUCUAGCCCCAAAUGUUGAUUUUAUUCAGUGAUUGGUUUACAGCACUCAAAUUAUAUUCAGAUGACCUAGUUUAAGCCAUGCCUCCUUGUCCAAGAAUUGCAACGUUUCAUGGCAAGUAUUAAAUACAGUUUAACAUUCCUGUGAGAAAUAUUCAGGAGUGUAAGAUAAAAGCCUCUCUUUUUUGUUUGUUUGGGUUUUUUUGGUUUUCUAUCAUUUCUUUUUUUUUUUUUUUUUUUCCCUUUAAUUAUUUUUCCUCAGUGUACAAAAAGCAAGGAACUUAGAUGAAGUCUGUCUUAAUCUUGCUAGGACAGAGAAAUUGGCCUACUCACAAGUAGGAAAGGUGGGAUAAGUCUGUACAAUUAACUGGAUAAGGGUAUUGCCUGCAAAUACAAGUCCAUAUUGUUGGUUUUGUUUGUUUUUUUUUUCUUUAAAUGAGUGACUGACUUUAUAUAGAUAUUAAAAUGAUUAGAAUAACCAUGAUAGUUAGUUACACACUGGAACUUCUGGCAGUACUGCAAAUAUUACACUACUUUGAUCACAGCAGUUGUACAGCAAAGGUGCUUUCCUAUCCUUUGCACAACCUGGUAUGAAGUACGUACAGUGGAGGCCACAGAAGUUUUGUUACUUAUUCAGAUAUAGUCCAGCAUGUUUAUGUAAUGUUGAGUUUGGGGGGUUUUUUUUUAAUCAGUCCAGGUAUGGGAGAGCAGCUUACUGUCUGUGCUUGUGCUCUUGUCCUUGCCCAGUUGGCAGGUCCUCUUCUGGUAACACUCGCCCUUGGGGCACGCUUGCCAGGUUUCAUCUAUUUGGAAACUUUAGGGAAGGAGUCUGUUCCCAUUGCUACCUCUGUCUCAUUGAAUGCAAGCCAUCCAGAACAUGUAAAUAUAGAGUUAUAAAUUGGUGAUGAGGAGAAUAUCCAACAAAGUUGCAGCUCGGGGUUGUGAAUUGGUUUGAGUCCUUAUGUGCUUACAGAUAGAACUUAUUGGUAAAAGUCCUCUGUCUGUGUAGAGAUGAUGACUCUUCCUCCAGUGCGUACUGUAGUCUUCCAUCUUUUUUUUCUUUUUUUUUUUUUUUUUUUUUUUUCUUUUUUUUUCUUUUUUUUCUUUUUUUUUUCUUUUUCUUUUUUAUUUUCUUUUAAGAAAGAGAGGUGGGGAGAAGAAAGAGGAAAGUAUUUUUGUAAUUUCAUACUUCCAUGUUUUUGAGACUUGGGAUACAGAGGAAAAAAUGAGUAACUAAAGCAGACAGAACGUUCUUGUAAUGCUUACGAAUUCUGAGCACGUUGUAUUCUUGAAGCUGUUUCUGUGCUGUUAAUGGUGUUCAUUCGUCUACUGUAAGGACCAGUGUUGCCUCUGCUCGUCUUACUUAAAACAUCUUUCUGUGGAAAAGCGGUCACAAUUAACUGUUCACUGCUUGAGUCUCAACAUUAAUUUGUUACUCUUUUGUAAUUCUGUAUCUUAAGCCAUAAUUGUUGUUAUCAAUUUUAAUUAAAUCUGGAUUGGUGUAGGAAUUAAAAAAAAAAAAAAAAAAAAAGUAAA